AUGAGAGAGGGGUGCAACGUCCUAGCUCAAUGUGCCCCAGAUCGCCAACUUUGGUCGCCUUCCCCACGAUGGACCCUGCGUUUACGGAGACAUGCCGUCCAAUAUACAUGAACAUACCUCAGCCGAUGCUACCCAUCGCCAACUGACCUGCGAACGUCCAAUGAUGCAGGUUUCAAAAACAUGGGCCAAUCAACGAACGUAGUAUUCGACUCGGUAGCUCUUGCUCCGACGUCGGUGUUCGUUCCGGAGAACUUUCAGCUAAACUCCGAUAUCUUUCGUCAGCGGCUGGUGAAUCAAAUCCCUCAACAACAACGGCUGCGCAGCUCCUGCGUUGUGAAUCUUCACGGCACUUCGGUCGCACUCUAGAUACGCGACGAAACAGAGCCUACCAAAGACCGCAAGCGCAAAUUGCCCGCGAAAAGAGCAGGAUUGAAGAGCUGAAGCUUUCACAUGCAGCACAGAAAGAGAGAGUUUAUCAGUCACCGGAGGAAGCUGCAAUGGGGGAAGAACAAGCCAGCGGUAUGAACACACCUGCAGACACCGCGCCUAAGGUUGCAACACCUUCAAUUGCAAUUCCCAAACCCAAGCUGCCGCUGCCUGCAAUGCGCACACCCACUACCUCGACCGACACACCUCGCGAAUGGAAUACCUCCAAGCUCGGUCUACGCAUCGGCGUCGACGCCCUCUCAGCAGGUGCAGCAGGGAUACUCGUCGCACCCAUCAUAACCAUGAUCGAUAAAGGCAUAAUCGAAAACGCAAGUGGCAGGAACACAUUGGGCGUCAGUCUAAAGAAGAGUGCUGUGGAAUUACUAGCAAAACCCCACCACUUUGUGGGAAGCAAGCCCUUCAUUCUCAUCUUCAGUCUGUACUUUGGAACCUACUUUACGGCGAACAGUAUCGAUACAGCUUCUGCGACCGUGAAGCCUACACAAGGGUUACAGGAGCAGACGAGCGGGACGAGCAAGUUUCUAGCUACGAGUACAGCAAAUCUAGCGUUAUGUCUGUACAAGGACAACCAGUUUACGCGGCUUUUUGCUGCGCCGGGAUCGUCUCCACGGCCUGUUCCAUUGCCGACCUUUGCGCUUUUUACAGUUCGCGAUUGUCUUACCAUUUUUGCUUCUUUCAACUUGCCGCCUCUGCUCGCGCCGAAGGUAGACGAGCGCAUGGGCGAUGAAGUGAAGAAGUAUGUUGGAGCGCUGAGCGUUGCGCAGUUUGUUACGCCUGCUGCUGUUCAGCUUGUGAGCACGCCUUUACAUUUGCUGGGUCUCGAUCUGUACAACAGGCCUGAUGCUGCGGUGGGUGGUGUUGAUGGAAGGGCGGGUCGCGUUGUGAGGGAUUGGGCCAAGAGUGCUGCAGCAAGAAUAUGUCGUAUUGUACCUGCGUUUGGUGUUGGUGGUGUGGUUAACACCAAGGUACGAAAGAACAUGAUGGGAAGGCUUGAAGAGUAGAAUGUUAUGGGGUUGUGCAAUCGAGGACAAUGGAGGCCCACGCAAGUGGCUUUGGCAGCAGAAACGACUUCAACCUACACAUUCGCCCUCAAGAUAACCCCGCUUCUAAACACGACGACACUACCUUGAUAUUGCGAUCCCCCCUGUCAUACUUUGGCUCGACGUAUUACGAUGUGUAUGGAUUUUGGAUGAAGAGAUGGCAGCAACCUUUCUUGGGCAUUAUACGGCGUCAAGGUUUUCUUGGAACAAUCUCAUCUCAGAUCAUCAGCAUG